CGCAGCAUUGGCACUAAGCGUUUGGAUUCUAGUCAUUCGGGUUUUAUUUUCCAUCGGGAUGAGACAGUCCAUGUCGAUUUUUCCAGAAAGUCCCAGAAAGCUAUUCAACAUUGCGUAUUGGUGACUCAACAAAAAUGUAAAUGUAACCUUGAGUACCAGGAUAAAAAGGUCCAGGACUGCUGCGCGAAGCGGAGAUCAAGAGCAGGGACAGAUCUCUAUGCAAGAUUGAGAAUUUUUGAGUCCCACUGUGGGAGAAAUGAAAAACAUGUUCACAGUAUGGCUUGUUCUUCUGCUUGCUGCAAGUGGAAGCUUGCAACAGGUUCCACCAGAGAAACUCCACAAACUGUCAAUAGAGGGACAAAAAUAUCUCAAUAAACAGAUUGAAAAUGCUAUCAAUGGUGCAAAGGUUAUGAAAUCUAUUGCGGAUAAAAGUGAGCAACAACAUCAGGAGUAUUUACGACGUUUGGAACAAACCAGCAAACAAAAGGAGGAUGCUCUGGUAGUUGCUAAAGAUGCUCAGAAAAAGCUGACUAAUGCUGAGCAAUGUCAGUCUAAGGAAGCUCUAUGGGAAGAGUGUAAGCCAUGCUUGAAGCAAACGUGCACUCAAUUUUACUCGAGAGUUUGCCGAAGAGGCUUUGGUGUGGUUGAGAAAGACGUAGAAAGGUUCUUUAAUGAAACACCACUGGUUUCUGUCUGGGUCAAUGGAGAUAAGUUUGACUCCCUGGUUGAAAAGAAUGCAGAGCAGGGUCAACAAUUCGAGCUCGUUGAAAGACAGUACGAAGACAUCGAUGAACUGUUCAGGGAAAGCAUGAGGACCUUUGAUGGAACAGACAGAUUGCUUGAUCGCCCCUUCAGCAACUUCGGAAUUUUCCCAAGGCACUUCUCGUUAUUCCCAGAUACAUCCUUUUCCCCCUUUAAGCCUUCCUUGUUUGAUAGCCAUGGGAUGCUUUCCUCUUUCUUUGAAAUGACUCAGCGGAUGUUUGAGAGAUUCCACAAAAUUAUGCACGAUGCUGAGUUAAAUAAAGGAGUGUUUCACAAUAUAGAUGUGCACAAUACAACAAAUGCAACAGAAGGACGAGAUCAGUACAUCUGCCGUGAAAUACGUCGCAACUCUUCUGGGUGCAUGAAACUUUCCGAUAAGUGUGAAAAAUGCAAAGAACUUAUGUCCUUAGAGUGUUUUGAUGUGGAUCACAAACCCUUGCGAAAGGCAUUUGAAGAGGCGCUUUCAAUGGCAGAGCAUUUUACAAAGAAAUAUGAUAAUCUAAUGAAAGAAUUUCAGCAGAAGAUGGAAAAUAGCACCAAGGAGUUAGAGACACUGAACAAACAGUUUGGAUGGGUGUCUAAACUGGCAAAUUAUACACAGAGUCCUGAUGGUUCUUAUCAUGUGAAAGCUAUAAUGUCAAGAUCCUUGAACGAAAGUCCAUCCAAAGAUCCCAGUACCACAGUCACUGUCCAGAUCUUUGAUUCGCCUCCAUUGACUUUCAUGGUUCCAGAACAGAACUGGGAUGAUCUUAAGUUCUCAGAAACGCUGGCACAGCAAGCGUUAAAGCAUUACAAGGAAAGCAGAAUGUUACAAGGCCCACCAGAUCAUAAGCUGGAGACCAUAGAAGCAUGAAGGGAGCAGGAUCUCACUUUAUCUGCUUUGAAGACUACUUCCAUAAACCUUUCAUCGUUAUAGAAAAUAGGUUUACAGCACAGAGCUACUGAAAAUCUCUCUGCACUAAUGUGUUGCUGGCAUACUGCACUAUGCUAAAAUCCUUCAACGUGAACUACUAAAUAAAAAGGCUAUUGUAUGCAAAAGAUGGCUUUAAUUAACUUUUAAAUGUAUCAUCUUCACAUAGCAUUUGGUAACUAACCCAGAUGCUGCUAGCUUCAAGGGCAUUCAUCACACUUCAGUAUAUGAAGAAAUGCAUCACUGAGAUCUGCAAAUUUCCUUUGAAACAUUUUGUAGAGGUACCUGCAAGGAGCAGAGGGAAAGGGUUGGCAUGACUGCUUGGUGAAAUAGACAUUUUCUUCUUUUUAAAAAUUGACAUAAUUUAAUUGGGUAGUAAUGUGAAUUUGGAAAUGGUGGUAAAGUAGCUGAGAGAAAGGAGUCUGUUCAUAGACCCAGGAAGAGCUGGAUAAUGCUGAUGUUUUAUGCUUUGUUUUCAUACCAGCUAUCAAAUUUGCUGUAUGUUUAAAAAAAAAUCUAAUUUAAGAUACUUUAACCUUAAGUUGUAACAAGUAAAUCUAAAAUCUUCUCAACCAAAUAAAACAUGCUAACCAAAA